UCCGAUCGUUUUUUUGGUUUUAUUUCCACACAAAUAUUUUAAAUCUGUUUUAUUUCGCUUAUAAUAAACCAAGUUUACGUUAUUCUGUAAAACGACAUUUAAUUUGUUUCUGCGCGACAACUCUCCCCUUCAAUCGGAGUGGAUUUGUCCGGUGAAAAGGAAACGUGAAGAUCAUAACGGAACAGUGUGGGAAUAAACGCUUAAGUUUCUCAUUCAUUCCUGCUAUUUAAAACUGAAAGACAGAGACGGCAUAUUAAAAACGAAGGUUUUGGUUACUUGAAAUGUAAAAGGGAGCUAUGCUGAAUUUCUGGACAGAAGGUUUUUAAAAGAAAUCUUCUGUAAGUCCCAACAUGUCAACAGUGAGCCAUCUCACAGGAAGUGCUGAACUUAGCUCAGCCCAGGUGUGGACUCGCUGAGCUCUUUGAUCUUCAUCUGUACUUGCUUCUGGACUCAUGUAAGACCGAGCAGAAGCAGAACCAUGUCAGAAACCCUCCAGCUGCCCGCGCUGCAGAUCCAGGGCCCGGUAGACGGUGAGUGCAAUGUAUGCGAGGUGGAUCCGGCCCUGUCCAGCUCGUCCAGCCCGUCUCUGCGGCGCAAGCGCUUUAAAAUGCACCGUAUGAAGAACGUCAUGAGCGAGAAGGAGCAGCUGGAGAAGGAACAACUUCAGCGUUCCGGGAGUAAGGAGUACCUGCAGCUUCCGUCUAUUGAGAUCACGCCAUCCAGCGACGAGGACGCAGCGUGGUCGAGUUGUUCCACCCCUAGUGCCUCACCCCAACGCAGACGCUUCCUCCUGCGCAAGUGGCUGCGAGGAGGCGAGAAAAAAGAGCACGGCAGUGAGAGCAGCAGUCAGCAGAGCAGCCUGCAGAGCAGCCAUGAGGAAGAGUCCACACGCUACCUGAGCCCCAACACCCGUGACGACAGCACUGCCAGUAACUCGAACCGCAGCUCGCCGGCCUGCUCACCCGUCCUGCGUAAACGCUCGCGCUCCCCAACGCCCCAGAGUCCAGAGGGAGAGAACAUGGUGGAAAAGAGCUCUGAUCAUUCCUCUGAUAAAUCCCCAUCCACCCCAGAACAAGCCGUCCAGCGCACCUACAGCCAGUCGCUUCACACCACCCGCCCCGGAGGGAAAAACUCCAAGAAGAGUCAAAGCUGGUAUAACGUUUUGAGCCCCACAUACAAACAGCGAAAUGAAGACUUCAGGAAGCUCUUUAAGCAGCUGCCCGACUCAGAGCGCCUCAUUGUGGACUACUCCUGUGCCCUGCAGAGAGAUAUCCUCCUGCAGGGUCGCCUCUACCUCUCCGAAAACUGGAUCUGUUUCUAUAGCAACAUAUUCCGCUGGGAAACGCUGCUGACUGUGAAGUUGAAAGAUGUUUGUUCCAUGACGAAAGAGAAGACGGCUAGACUCAUCCCCAAUGCCAUCCAGCUGUGCACAGACAGUGAAAAGCACUUUUUUACCUCAUUCGGGGCAAGAGAUCGGACAUACAUGAUGAUGUUCAGACUCUGGCAAAAUGCUCUUCUGGACAAGCCAUUGUGUCCUAAAGAGCUGUGGCACUUUGUCCAUCAGUGUUAUGGGAAUGAACUGGGUCUAACCAGUGAUGAUGAGGACUACGUACCUCCUGAUGACGACUUCAACAUCAUGGGGUGAGUUUUCCCCCAUCAUGAAUGUUCAGUCAUUUAGGUGAUUCAUAAUUUACUCACAGCUUUAAGAUCCAGAGAUCCAGACAGACAGCUUGUUAUUUUAGGGAUUCCUAAAUGAUCAUGUAUGAAUUAUCAACACUGGAGUAGAAGACU